AUGGCAUCCACAGUACGAAGCAACAGGCAAGCUUCCACAUUUUCUUCACCAAAUUCAGUUGCUUCUUCUUCUUACAAGAGAAAAGUAGAAAAAUAUUACUGCAUUAAAGAAGCCAUGACGAUCAAGCCAGGAGUACGAAUUGUGGAUGGAAAACUGGUGGUGAAGGACCAGACCAUAUUAACAAACGUGCCAGACAAUGUGAUAGCCACCUCUGGAGCCUCGACUGGACCGGUGGAGGGUGUGUUCUUGGGGGCAGUGUUCGACCAAGAGAACAGCCGCCACGUGGUGUCUCUCGGGACACUGCUCGAGGUUCGAUUCUUGGCUUGUUUCAGGUUUAAGUUAUGGUGGAUGUCCCAGAAAAUGGGUGACAAGGGCAGAGACAUUCCCCUAGAAACUCAAUUCUUGUUGGUCGAAACUAAAGAUGGAUCAAAUUUGGAGUCAAAUGUUAAUGGGAAUGAGGAUAACAACGUUGUUUACACAGUGUUUUUGCCUUUGGUUGAGGGACUAUUCAAAGCUUGUCUUCAGGGGAAUGAUAAAGAUGAGCUUGAAUUGUGUUUAGAGAGUGGGGAUAUCGACACCUUAGGGUCGGCAUUCACCCAUUCAAUUUACAUUAGUUCAGGUACCGAUCCGUACGUCACGAUAUACGAGGCGAUGACGGCCGUCAAACUGCAUCUCGGGACAUUCAGGCUUAGGCAGGAGAAAAAGUUGCCGGGGUUUGUGGAUUACUUUGGGUGGUGCACAUGGAAUGCUUUCUACCAAGAGGUGACUCAAGAGGGCGUUGAGGCCGGCCUCGAAAGUCUUGCAGCAGGUGGGACCCCUCCAAAGUUCGUCAUCAUCGACGAUGGGUGGCAAGCGACCGCGGGCGACUAUGAAAAAACAGAACAACAACAACAACCACCCCUUCUAAGACUAACCGGAAUCAAAGAAAACCCAAAAUUCCAAAGCAAGAACGAUCCAACGGAGGGAAUCAAGAACAUAGUCAACAUUGCAAAACACAAGCACGGACUGAAAUACGUCUAUGUAUGGCACGCAAUAACCGGCUACUGGGGCGGUGUCCGUCCUGGCGUGAAAGAAAUGGAGGAAUAUGGAUCGAAAAUGCAGUAUCCAAAGCUGUGCAAGGGAGUUCUAGAGAAUGAACCAGGGUGGAAAACUGAUGCAAUUGCAUUGCAAGGAUUGGGACUAGUGAAUCCAAAAAAUGUGCACAAAUUUUACAAUGAAAUGCACAGUUAUUUAGCCUCUGCGGGAGUUGAUGGGGUAAAAGUGGAUGCACAAUGCAUAUUGGAAACACUUGGGGCAGGACUUGGGGGUAGGGUUGAAUUAACAAAGCAGUAUCAUCAGGCACUUGAUACUUCUGUAGCUGGGAAUUUUCCCGAUAACGGCUGUAUUUCUUGCAUGAGUCACAAUCUCGAGUCCCUCUAUUGCUCAAAACAAACGGCUAUUGUGAGAGCGUCUGAUGAUUUCUACCCUGGCGAUCCUGUUUCCCAUACAAUUCACAUUGCUGCAGUUGCAUACAAUACUGUGUUCCUUGCAGACAUAAUGCUAACUGACUGGGACAUGUUCCAUUCACUUCAUCCAGCAGCUGAGUACCAUGGAUCUGCAAGAGCUAUUAGCGGUGGCCCUGUGUAUGUUAGUGAUGCACCAGGGAAACACAAUUUUGAUCUUCUGAAGAAGCUCGUUCUACCAGACGGUUCGAUUCUUCGAGCCCGGUUGCCCGGUCGACCUACAAAGGACUGCUUAUUCUCCGACCCUUCUCGUGACGGCAUUAGUCUGUUGAAGAUAUGGAACAUCAACAAGUAUACUGGAGUACUUGGAGUAUACAACUGCCAAGGUGCAGCAUGGAACAUUAUUGAGAGGAAGAACACAUUCCACCAAACUAAAUCUGAACCAUUAACAGGCAAUAUUAGGGCUAGUGAUGUACAUUUAAUUUCUGAAGUUGUCCUGGACUCCAACUGGAAUGGUAAUGUGGCUAUUUACUCCUAUCGGAAUUGUAACCUCGUCACUCUGCAAUAUGAUGUUGCCAUACCAGUGUCUCUCAAGGUCCUCGACCACGAGAUCUUCAUUAUUAGUCCGAUUAAAGAAUUGGGGCCCAGUUUCAGCUUUGCACCCUUAGGCCUCAUUGACAUGUUCAAUUCUGGUGGCGCAAUAGAAGAGCUCAAAUAUGAAGAAGUCAAGGCUGGGACUCAAGUUUCUGGAGUCAGAGAGGAGCACUUGAGCACGGGGGCGGUGGCUGUUGUCUCCAUGGAUGUAAAGGGUUGCGGGCGUUUUGGAGCUUACUCUUCAACUAAGCCUAGAAAGUGCACAGUGGGAUCGUUGCCGGUCGAGUUUGAAUACGAUUCAGCAUGUGGGUUGAUGACCUUGAACUUGCAUGAUUUGCCUCCUGAGGAUCAGAAAGUCCACAUUGUUGAGAUUGAGCUAUAA